CCUAAACACUGGCGUAGAGGCCUGUUGCCUGGCGGUUUUUUACGAUUUUAAGGGUCACGUAAUUGAAAAAAUCUCUUCAGUGUUUAAAAACAUUUAUAAACAUGGGUAACUGCUUAUCUGGUGGAUCUACUAUAGAUCCUGCUGCGCGCGAUAAAAAUAGGAAGAUUGAUGAGAUGUUGAAAGAGGAAAGGAUUAAACAGAGGACUGAAGUCAAAUUACUACUACUUGGUGCUGGUGAGUCGGGGAAGAGCACAAUUGUAAAGCAGAUGAAAAUUAUCCACGAGGAUGGCUACACAGAGAGCGAAAGAGCAGCUUACAAGGAUGUAGUUCGCAGUAAUAUAACACAAUCAAUGCAAUGCAUUUUACUUGCUAUUGAGAAUAAAGUGCUUGAACCGGAGCUUGUGAUAACUUUAAAGCCCGAAAUUAAGGAACUUUCGGACAAACUCUUAUCGUUGGGCGAUCAGGUGGAUAAUCUCGUACUUGAUCAAGAAACGGCUUCAGCCAUAAAAACGUUGUGGGCCGAUCCGGAUAUCCAAGCAGCCUUCUCACGCUCGUCGAAAUACCAGUUAAACGACUCAGCAAAAUACUACUUUGAGAACAUUGACAGGAUCUCUGAGGAGGACUACCUACCUACUGUCCAGGACAUCUUGCGCUCACGUGUGAAAACCACCGGCAUCGUGGAGACGAGAUUUACUUACCGCUCCCUCAACUUCAGGAUGUUUGAUGUCGGCGGUCAAAGGUCGGAACGCAAGAAGUGGAUCCAUUGUUUCGAGAAUGUGACAGCCAUUAUCUUUUGCGUGUCCCUCAGCGGGUAUGACACUGUCCUGCUCGAAGACGAGAGCCAGAAUAGGAUGCAGGAAGCUUUAAAACUUUUUGACUCGAUCUGCAAUAACAAGUGGUUUGAAAAUACCUCCAUCAUUCUAUUUUUGAACAAAGUUGAUCUGUUUAAGGCGAAGAUCGAGAAGGUGCCCUUGACCGUCUGCUUCCCCGCCUACGAUGGCCCCCAGGAAUUUGAGCCCUGCGGUAGCUACAUCCAGGAAGUUUUCGAGUCGUGCUGUAAAAGUUCCACUAAGGAAGUCUACACGCAGUUCACGUGCGCUACAGAUACCGACAACAUAAAGUUUGUGUUCUGUGCAGUCACCGACACCAUCAUUAAGAGAAACCUGCGCGAUUGCGGGCUGCUUUAAUAUUCUCUGUAGCGACCAUGUUAAGAUCUCUACUGUUUACCCAACGGCGUCUUUUCUCAACUUCUGCUUAAGCUCA